UGUGUCGUCGAGCGAGCUUUGUUGUGUGUCGUCAGUGUGUGUCGUCUGGUGCUGCCGGAACGUCAAUUUGCUCAUUUGCUGAGAAGUUAUAUUUGUCUGGAUAUGUAUCUGGGUUCUUUAUAUCUAUACGCUUAUUGGUUCCUCCGACCUCUGAUUAAGUGGUUUCUCAGAAAGACAACGAAGUUAUGUGAACUACAAAGAGUGUGCUAUGGUGAACCUAGCGGCGCUUCCAGAACUCUUGGGGUAGAAUUUUCCCUGACACACUCAAAAACGCCGCAGAUUCAAGAAGUCAUCAGAUAUUUGAAUGAAAGAAGUGAGAACCUGGAGUUUAUAGGAAAGCAUACAAAGACUAAUAUUGAAUUUGCAGUUGUGACUGUGUUACGAGUUAAGAAGAUUCAUCCUACUAUCCAUAACCAGUUUAUCAAGUCAUUUGGACGCACAGUGGAACAGAUAUGGGGCUAUAAACAGCUCAAUGUAGAAGUUGAAGAACUGAGGCGAACUGCUUAUGAUUCCUCCAACCCCCAACAUGAGGAGAUGUUGCUUGGGUUAUGGCAACGACUUAAUCCAGACACUCGUUUAGAGGCUCGAGUGACUAAACAAUGGCAAGAUAUAGGAUUCCAGGGUGAUGAUCCUAAAACUGACUUUCGAGGAAUGGGUAUGCUAGGCUUACACAACUUAUACUACUUUUCUGACCAUUACCAAAAAGCAUCACAACAUGUUUUACUACACUCUCUUCACCCUGUCAAUGGAUAUGCAUUCGCGAUCGUGGGAAUUAAUCUGACUAGUCUAGCUUACCAUCUACUGCAAGACGGAGCAGCCAAAUCUCACAUAUUUAAUUUUGCCAAAGGCAGCCCUGUCAUGAGGCAUUUCCAUCAGUUAUAUUGUUACUUGUUCUGUGAGUUUGAUAGGUUUUGGUUUGAUUCCAAACCAAAAGACAUAAUGGAUUUUGCUAGAAUAAGAGAUGAUUUUGAGACCUCCAUUAGAACCAUUCUUGCUAAUCCCCACACUGUGUUCAGAAUUAAUAUGCUUGUUGAUACAAUUUAAAUCCAAAUUGUUGCUAAGACAUUUAAGGUAUGUUACCCAUUAAUUAUUUAUUUUAUUUUAAAGUGUUUUAGGUAUAUUUUAUUUCUUUAUUAAUAGAUAAAAUCUGACUCAUGUCAAAUUUUCUCAGGGACCAUAAUCUCUUUACCAAUUAAUUACAUUCUUCUUUCAAAAGUAUGUUUUAAGAAAAACCAUAUGCAGCAUACUGUGACAAUGUGCUCCAAAUUGGGUCCAAAUGGCACAGUAUAUUUAUAAACACUUCAACCUGAGCCCAGAAAACUGAUUUCAUGAUUGGCAAGGUUAAGAGGAAGUUGCACAAAUUAUGUUUACACCAAGGUCAACAAUGUUAUGUACAUUUAUUACAGCACAAAUAAAAAUGAAUUUGCCAAAAAA